CCGGUCAAUGAACUCCACCAGUUGCUCGCUCAGAUCAAUCAGCAAUCAGGACUCCGAAAUACUCUCCAUCCAUUAUAAAAUGGUCCAUUGUGUUUGUUGGAGAGAGAAAAGUUCCGAACGCGCCGAGACCGUACAGUUCUCGGGUUGCCCCACGCCUUGCGCUUUUGCGUCCCCUGGAUUCAAACGUCAUUUUCCCAGCUUGUAAUCUAGUCAAAAGUCACUGCCGAACUCCCGUCCUCGUUUUUCUUCUUCUAGCUUUCCCCAUCCGCCGUGCGCUGGUUUCUGUUUCCUUUUGUUUACUUGGAUUUCCAUAUCCGUUCUCAGUAGAUAUUCUCACCUAUUCCUCCCAGUGCAUCGCCGUCUACCCCCAGCACAGACUGGUUCGGUCCUGACAUCGAGCCUGUGCACACUUGCCGGCCCGCUUCAACCGCCACACGGUUCACCAAACUUGUGGUCGCCAUGUCUGUAAUCAUCCACCUGGACCGGCCACAUAAGCAUUUCACCAAUCUCGACUACCUCACGGGAAAGGUGGUACUACAAUUACACUCUGAAGCUGCAAUUGGAGGCAUUCAAGUAAAAUUAGAAGGCGAAAGUCGGACGCGCCUGGCAGGUCCGAAAAAUCCACAUAAUGAGCAGUCGGAUAAGAAACGUACCGAAAUCGAGGUUCACAAGAUCCUGUACAAAGUCGAAACGGUUUUCCCCACUGCAGCGGUAUUCAAUGCAGAGACCCCAGACAGGGCUUAUACAUUUGCAAGAGGGACGUACGAGUAUCCGUUCAAAUUUAAGUUCCCAUUCAACAAUUCCUGCAGCAUACACAAUAGCAUGCUUACGAACCUGAACAUCACGGGUCUGAGAGUGGAAAUGGCCAGAGACACCGCUCGCCAUGUGAAAAAGACGCUCCCUCCAUCUCUAAGUGGCUUCCCGGGCAUGGCCGACAUCAAGUACUAUGUGAAAGCGACGGUUAUUCGUCCACAGUUCUACAAGGAGAACAUCAGGGCGGUCACCAACCUAAACUUCCUUCCCAUCGAGCCUCCCAGGACAGGCAACCCGAGCGAAGAAACUUAUGCAAGACGACAACACCAGUUCACAAAUGCCCCGAAUGUGUCCAAAAAAAGAAGCCUAUUCUCGAAGAUGUCGAGCAGUUCGCUCCGGGAUGCCGCGGGCGGUUCCCCUCGCGUAUCCGCUGACCUGCGGCUACCCAACCCGUCAAUCCUGACCUGCAAUGAGCCUAUACCAAUGCGUGUUCUCGUCAAGAAACUGUCAGAGUCUUAUGAGACCAUUUUCUUGCAGAUGAUACAGGUUGAGCUGAUUUCUUACACAAACAUUAUUGCUCAUGACUUACGGCGCACCGAAAGCGGCACCUGGGUCAUACUAAGUCAGAGUAAUAUGGCUGUACCUCUGGGAAGAGGCGGAGACCCAGCGGACUCGGAGUGGACGAUCGACGCUGGUUUAUGGAAUGGCAUACCUCUGCCCAGCACGGUAGCGCCGUCAUUCGAGACCUGCAAUGUCUCACGGACGUACGAGCUCGAAGUUCGAGUGGGCCUGACUCAUGGAAGUGUUGGCAACAUGAAGCCUCAACUUAUCGUUCUUCCGCUGCGGAUGCCCGUGAAAGUUUACUCCGGAAUUGCUCCCCCGAAAGCGCUUCUGGAUGCCAUGGCGGCCAACGGGCAGGCCAAGCCAGCGGCUAGCCCUACAAGUCCCACCGGAUCGAUGGAUAGUAGUACACGCCCCCCAAUGCCGCCUCGGCCUGCUAGACCACCUAUGCCUGCCAACCCUGAGGACGGUUACGACGAUGCACCUCCCAGUUACGAAGAUGCCAUGGCUGAAACUCUCAGCCCUGUGGAUGGCCCCCGUCGAGAGUAUAACCCACCAGAUGCCUCUUCCGAAAGAUCUGUUGAACCUGGAGCUGAUCCGCGAUCUCCAGUUGGAAAGGAACCUGAGGCGUCUGCACCCUACAGCAAUCAGGAAGCGAUGUCCUCGUCGGAGACACUCGAUAUGCUGCCCGAAAGUCCGCCAGAGUCCCGUUCUGGUUCGCCCCCAAAUUCUCCCGUUGCGCGUCAACAAAGCGUGCUCAAAAUCCACAAGGCUCCCCUUCUCCUAGAGGAGGAUAGCCCUCCCGAAUAUCAGACGAUUGCAGCUGGCAAGCCUCAACCAUCCCAUAGCCAGGUUAAUCGUGUUCCGUCCCAGCCGGGGGCCAGGCCCAUGAACCUGGGCGUUCCCAGCAGGAAGCCAGUUCCCCGGAGUCCAAGUAGGCAAACGUGAAGUUUGCAUCAUAACGUGCUUUCUAUGUUGCAGCUGGGUGCAUCUAAUGAAAGAGCGCUCGACUAUUGAACGAUUUUUCAAUACAAAGUCAAAAAUGCCCGUGUCGUUGCAUGCAUCUUUCCGGAGUUAACAGGAAACCUCGAUGAUGAAAGUCCAUGGAUUUUGCUUUGCUCUUCGAUACCACCUGAUGCAUUUUCACUAUUUAAUAAUGGCGACUUUAACUAUCCUAAUCUCUUUACGUUGCAACCCUAUUCACUAAAAUAUUUUAAUAUGAGAUUUAUAAUGGAAUUGGC